AUGGCAGGAGGCAAAAAGAGAACUGCUCGCCCGUCCGUAUUUCAAACUACAGUCAACUCCAUAUGGCAGGACAAACAUCUGUUAUUGUUCAAACCGGAGUACACUCUCCUGGUCGCGGCGGUGCUCUGGUGUGUGGAAGUCGGCAUCAACGUGUGGGUCAUUCAAAAAGUAGCAUAUACAGAGAUUGACUGGAAAGCCUACAUGGAUGAGGUCGAGGGCGUCAUUAAUGGCACCUACGACUAUACCAAGUUAAAGGGUGACACGGGGCCUCUAGUGUACCCAGCAGGAUUUGUGUACUUUUUCACUGCACUUUACUAUAUUACGGACCAGGGGCUGAAUAUUAGACUGGCACAGUAUUUGUUUGCCAGCUUCUAUCUUAUCACCCUCUGGUUGGUCUUCCGCAUCUACCACCGUACAAAGAAGGUCCCACCAUAUGUUUUCUUCUUUGUGUGCUGCGCAUCAUAUCGGAUCCACUCCAUCUUUGUGUUGCGACUCUUUAAUGACCCUGUGGCCAUGAUGCUGCUGUUUGGAGCAGUCAACCUCAUUCUGGAUGAACACUGGACCCUGGGCUGUGCCCUCUAUAGUCUGGCAGUGUCAGUGAAGAUGAACGUGAUGCUCUUCGCUCCAGGACUCCUCUUUAUCCUUUUGUCAGAGUUUGGACUGAUGAAGACCCUUCCCAAGCUCACACUCUGUGCCAUCAUCCAGCUUGUGUUAGGUUUGCCCUUCCUCUUGGUGAAUCCUGUAGGCUACAUGAGCCGGGCAUUUGAUCUGGGCCGUCAGUUUCUUUUUAAGUGGACAGUGAACUGGCGCUUCUUGCCGGAGGACAUUUUCCUCAGCAGGUACUUCCACCUGGCACUGUUAUCUGCUCACCUGACCACACUUAUCUGUUUUGCAUUGAGGAAAUGGAAGAGGUCAGGGAGCAGUGCUUGGGCUCUUUUGAAAGAUCCAUCAGAGAGGAGGCCAAUGAUACAUAAGCUCACCGCUGAUCAGAUCGUUCUCAUCUUGUACUCUUCCAACUUCAUUGGCAUGUGCUUUUGCCGCUCGCUGCACUACCAGUUCUAUGUUUGGUAUUUUCACACUCUGCCCUACUUGCUGUGGAGCGGUGGAGUGAAGAAACUGGCUCACCUGCUCAGGGUGUUGAUACUAGGUCUGAUAGAGCUGGCAUGGAACACGUAUCCUUCCACCACCUACAGCUCGUUGUCCCUGCACGUCUGCCAUCUCAUCAUCUUGCUAUGUCUGUGGUUCAACCCGACCCCUUCUCCUCCAGAUAUGGGCUCAGAGUCCCAUAAGGUCAAACGCCAAUGAGUGGUGCUUCACCCGCAACUGUGUUCUUGCUCCAUACACAUACCUCUCUUCUGGAUAAAGGAGGGACAAUGUUAGCAUUGUUGUUAAAUCAGCCUGUGAUCUCUAAGGGAUGACCUUGGUUCAGAUGUUAGUGUGCAGGAAACAGCGGGAGAAAAUAGCUCUGAUUUUCAAGCUGCUUAAAGAAUUUUUUUAAGAUGGACAAUGUGGAAGUCACAUGGAUCAGCAUGUAAUGUGACUUUUUACAUGUAGGCCAUUACAUGCGACUUGAAAACACACGGUGUUGCUUAUUGAUAUUGGGACAUUGAAACGUUGGAACGAAGGUCUCAUCUAUAGCAGUGGUCUAGAGAUCCUGAAAAGUUUGAUUUUCGGCCAAAUUUAUGGCACCUGAUUCAACUAAUCAGUAGUUGGGAUUUCAUCUGGCUAUUGUCUGGAAUACCAUUUUGACAUAUUGUUUAUUACAGUGGUUCUCAACCAGGGGGGCAUGCCAGGAGAGAUAGGAAAGGGGGCACAAAUUGUUUUCAAGAAAGAAAAACAGACAGGGCAUCAUUUGGGUACUCGGUGUAUUUUAUUGCGUUUCAAAUAGAAUGUGCAUAAAUGAAAAACCCCACGUUCCCUCUCCCUCUGCAUUUUCUUUUUCUCGGGAGAGGCGGCGCUUAGCCUGCCUUUUAUCUAACUGUCAUUGCAGACCAAUCUUGCCAACAUGGCAACUUUUCAGACUUCUUUAGCGACUUUUUUGCAAAAAAAAAAAAAAAGCAUAUAUCAACAAAUCGGCAACUUUACAAAUGUUUCCAGUACUGUCCUGCAAACGCGAGGUUUUGCUUUCCCGCUGCAAUCUCACCUCUCUCUGCGUCUGCUCUGUUCAGUGAGUGGCUGAGAGCCGGAGCAGCACAUUCCAUUGAUCGCACGGCAGCUGACAGACGUGAAUGUAAAAAGAAGCAAGCGCGGGUAUCCCACUGAUUGAUUUAACAAUGGCAUUGUUGAAUGGCUAAUGAGAUGCACGCUUCAUCCUAAUUUACAUAAUUCAUAUGCGAAUGUUUUUAGAAUGCAAGACGAUGUAAAAUAGUACACAUUAUUAUAACUGUUAUUCAAAGUAGUUAUAGUGUUCAGAAACAUUUUUGAUAAUUCAUGUUCCAUACCUGUCUGUUAUAUAGUUUUAUAAAAGUCAUAAAAGUUAUUUGUAAAAAUCAUAAAAGUAAUUAAAAAAGUACAAAAACACAAAAGCAAAAACAAAAUCUAUCUAUAUAUAGGGGAGGCUUGGAGGGUGGGGGGGUUUUAGCUACAAAAGGUUGAGAACCUCUGGUUUAGUACAGUGUUUUUUUGGAGUCUGUAAUCUUUGCACUCCCUUAUGUUAACACAUAGUUUUACACCAAAUGUGACAAUAUUAAUGCGACAAAACCAUAGUUAAUCGAAAUACCACAAACACUUUCUACUGACUCCAAAUAUUUGUAAACUUUUGUAUGAAACAUACAUACUACCUUCAGAAGACAUUAGUUAGCUGGAUCAGGUUUGUUUGAUUUGCAUCAGAGCUGUUGAACUGUGCAGGAAGGUAAUUUCGGGGAGUUUGGUGGGUUUGAUUCACAACCUGUUUAUCUAUAUUUGGUGUUUCUUCUUGAUCAGUUGGAGAGUUUAGUGGGCUUGGAAAAAUGUUUAAUGGAAUGUCUAAUGAAUAGGUGUAAAGUGGAGAAGACCUUUUGGACCUUUUUGUGCUAACUCCUCCAUAGAUUAGCAUGCAGUUUAUAAUUGAAAUAUACUUACCGGAAAUGUUUAGUUGCAGUUAUUGCUGCACAAGUGGUCACUUCAGCUGCUGAAAGCAAUAUGCCUUAAUAUGGUUAACAUACUUCUGCCACUCACAGAUCAUAGGUCAUUUUUCCUCAAUAAGUAAAUGACCAAGUAUAAUAUUUUUGUGUCCUUUGUUUAAUUGGGUUCUCUUUGUCUACUUUUAGGACUUGUGUGAAAAUCUGAUAAUGAUUUAGAUCAUAUUGAUGCAGAAAUAUAGAAAAUUCUACUUUCAAGCACCACUGUAUUGCACAGGUGUGCUUUGUAGUGCAUUAUGUACAUGACCUGACCAUAAAGGAAUGCUUCAAUCAGCACUGUGAUGUUUUUUCAAAAACAGGAGAAGAGUUUGAAACCCUAGUAAUGAACUUUCUGAAGCAGAGCCAACUAAAAGUUGAGGACAUCCGUGGCCAAGGUUAUGGUGGAGCAGCCAACAUGAGCGGGCCUUACAAAGGACUACAGUCCAGAAUACAAAAGCAAAAUGAAAAAGCAUAUGUUCAUUGCCAUGCUACUUGCUUGAACUUUCCAUAUGUGAAAAGUGCAAAGUCAAGCAUACACUGUCUUUUUUUUUGUCUUUUUUUUUUUUUUAACAGUAUUUGAAAAACUUUACACCUUCAUUGCCAAUUUCAUGAAACUGCAUGCAGCAUUUGUACAAAGACAACAAGCCAUUAAUCCAUGCCAGCAUACCCAUGAGCUACAGAAGCGACAGAAGAAUUUAUCCUUUGCUUGGAGAUAACAACUCCAGAAAUUCCUAGACUUGGCAGCAGCAUACACUGUUGUAAAUGGUGUCAUUAGCAGAAUUAAGAAACUGAGAUCUGAAUAGCAAUUUUAAAAAAUAUAAAUCCUGAUGCUACCAUUCAAGUGGAGACAGGAGGGAUUAACAUGCCUAAAAUGAUUCCAGGGCUAGCAAGAAGUUGAAAUGUAACAGAAAAGUUUAAGUACUGCUCCACAACAGCAAAUGAGGACUACCAACCCCAGACUUUAGAGGAGUACUACAGAGGAAUGAUGUACUUCAAUUUUUGGAUUUCCUGAUUCAGGAAUUCUAUAGGCGAUUUCAAAGGAAAUAGAAAACUGAUGAAAUCCUGCAUUACUCGAUUUAACGCUGGUUUGAGCCCCGCUCUGAGCAGGUGGUCUGGCUACAAGAGCACGUUUCAAAAAAUAAAGUUGUAGCAUUAUGAGAUUGUUCUCAUAAUAUAUUGAGAAUAACGUCAUUGCAUUAUGAAAACAAAGUAUAAUUUUGAGAAUAACAUAUAUUAAUGGUAGAAAAACUACAUGAUUAUCACAACGAUAGAAAGCUGAGUCAGCAGCUUAAUCAAUGCAAGAAAUGGAUGUGGAGGAUUUAGUUAACUAAAUCAUACUUUAGGAUUAGGUUCAGCAACAAUGAAAUUCUUUGUGUUUCGACAAAAAAUCUGACAAAGGGGAUUUAACACAUCACUUCUCGGGGACAAAGGAUUCCACACCCCACUUGCACCUGUGUGACAUCAAAGUAAAGACAAAAAUAAACUUUUCGCCAACCACAGCAGAUUGGGCUGCUUUAAAUCAUCAAAGCCAUAUAGGAUUAAAUAAUUAAUAAUGCUUACUAAAAUACAUUAAAUUGUUUAAUUAAAUGUUUUAACUGCUAUGUGGGAUUACAUUCUUAAACAAAAGCACAGCAAAGUGUUCUGGCCUUGGUCUCCGGUCUGGCCCUGCUGAAUCUAGGUGUAGUAUUUUGUCUUUCUUCAGGGACACAUUUAAACAUAUCAGGUACAAUCACACCUGGGAGGAGAGACCAGCGAACGUGAUGUGAAUUUGAAAAAGUGUUUGGGGUUUCUGGCAGUCUCAGACAGAAUGUGGACAUUACUGAAGAGUAAUGGGGUGUAGAUAAAGGAGAAACUGCUGAUGUAGAUCUUUGAACUGGUGCCUCACAAUACAUGUUGAAUGAUGAAAUUUCGGCAAGUGAACCCACUGACCAUUAAAUUUGCAUGCGAAUCCAAAGCUACUCAUAAGCUAUUCAAGCUUAGUGACCAUAUGCAUUUUACUCUCUCAAUUGCCCAAUGAAAUAAACUGCUUUCCUUUUCUAAAAAAAGUUUUUAAAAAGUUAGUGAUACUUUCACUAACUUAGCAAAAACAAUUUUUCUUGCUCACAGUUCUAAACUGGUGGGUCAGUGAAAAUAGGUCAGUAAGAAAUUUUCAGUUGCUCAAUAAGACCCAUUAUGAAAUACAAGAAUAUAGUAACAUUUCCCCCCUAGCAUGUGAUUUAAAAAAAGGACAUACAAACGAGGAACAUUAUAAGCAAUUUACCAUAAGUGCUAACAAUAUUCGUUCAGUGUUCUGUAGAUGGAAAAAAAAGUCAAACUGCAUUUGGAAUAGACAGUGAUUUCUGUUAUUGUAAAAUAAUCUUACAAAGCAUUAUUUUAUUAUAUUUCUGCAUAGUAUUUAAUUUCACUGUGCAGAGCUCUGCAGCGAACGCUCACUCCCUUGAAGCACUGAGAAUGUGGCUUUAUUUGACCAAAAUAUACUUUUGUUCGGGUGGUAAAUGGCCAUUGCUUAAACCACUAGCUACAGUCUGUUACAAACAAGAUCCAUCCAGUAUGUGUCAUUGUUACAUAGCUUAACUUGAGAAUGCAGUUCAUCAUCACCAUGGAAAUUUUUUUUUUUUUUUUUUUUUUUUUUUUUUUUUUUUUUUUUUUUUUUUUGGCUGAACUAGGAUAAUCAGACCACUUGUAUUUCAACUUUACAAUGAUACCAACAUCAUGUAGAGGGAUAGUUUACAUGUAAUGGACAGUGAAAUAUUGCAUCAAAUUUCGUUUGGGUGCAGGCUUUUCUGAAUAAGUUAUUUCAUAGCUUUGUUUAGUUAUUAUUUGAUGAUAAAGAAUGAACAAGUAUUUAAAAACGUUUGACUGGUAGUUUACUUUAAAAACGAUUUUACUUUAUCUUCAUUAAAUAAACUUUUCUUUGGACUAAUGUAGAAAAUGUUUGUAAAAUAAACCGUGGAAUUAGCAGAAAUAAACAACAAUAUUUUAGGCUUCCAAUAAAAACAUGAUAUUUAUGAUAAUUACAGCCACGUAAGAGAGGGAGCACUCCUUACGUGAGAUUCAGUUUGGCACUGGUGGGAGCACUUGAGUCUAUGCGCAACCUGAUGGAUAUUCUGGGAAGUGAAACAGAUGUAUUUAAUUCUAAGAAACUGGUCUGACUACUCCUGCAGCAUUUCAGGGGUGGGCAAUCUUAUCCGGAAAGGGACAGUGUGGUUUUCAUUCCAACCAAGCAGGAGGCACACCUGAUUCCACGUGUUUAAUCAGUUGAUCUUGGCUUUCAAUAGUCUCAGGUGUGGUUUCUGCUUGGUUGGAAUGAAAACCUGCACCCACACCGGCCCUUUCCGGAUAAGAUUGCCCACCCCUUAGCGUGAUAGGCUUCCUGAUCCUACAUAAGUAAAAACAUUUUUUAAGGUCACAACUGUGUUAAAAGCUAGUUAUACCGUCAAAUCUUUGAACCCCCCCAACACCCUUUUACAUAAAAGUUAUGUGUUCAAAAUGGCAGUGUACACUAGAUUUAUAUUCAAGUUUUAUCAAAUGAAAGCUUUAAAAAAUCUGAUUAUAGACACAUUUUUUAAAUGGUUAGUUUUUGUCUCAUAGGCAAGUACUUAUCUUUAAUCUUAACAACAUUUGCCCCAAAUGUGACUAAGCUUUGGCUAAAUAAUUAAUUCAGGAAUAUAGUACAGGGCACAAAAACUGCAUUUCCAGUGGCUUUUUUUUUUGGUCUUUUUAGCAUCAUUUUUUUUGUCUUUCUGUCUGUUCCUGAUUUUGUCAUGCUUAGUUAAUGUUUUUGUAUGAUCUCUUAAAUACAUAAGGCAGUUGCUCACAGAGUUGAUCUGGUAUAUCUGCUAAAUGUGUCAGGGCUAUAAACCACCAGGCAUAGUAUUGUGAACUGGAAGCAACACAAUGGCAUAACACCAUAUUGUUUUUCAUAAUAAAUUUUAUUCCAAGA